AUGAAUCCCAGCAGAGGCUUAUGCAAUGGGACACGACUUCUUAUCAAAAAUUUGCAUGAUAAUUUCAUAGAUUCUGAAAUAUUAUCAAGGACGCAUAAUGGCCAUCGCGUUUUUAUUCCUCGAAUUGAUCUUUCCCCGAGCGAUUCCCGGUUGCCUUUCAUAAUAAAAAGACGCCAAUUUCCUAUAAUUCCUGCUUUUGUUAUCACUAUAAACAAAAGUCAAGGUCAAACAUUCGACAAUGUCGGCCUCUUUCUUCCUGAACCUGUGUUUUCCCAUGGUCAGCUCUAUGUCGCUCUAACACGUUGCAGAUUUAAAAAAAAUAUGAAAAUAAAAAUAUUACCUACAAAAUACCAGGGCACACUUUUGAAUGAUAAUAGAGUAUUUACUCUUAAUGUCGUAUAUCAGGACGUAUUAAAUUCUGUAGCUUCAAGUUAA